GUCAGUUCCGUGGCACGAGCACGAGCAGUGGCUUUCUCUUGAGUCGUUUACUUUGGUGUUUUAAUGCUGUCAACCCCGAAAACAACGGAGUUCCCACAAUAAACGGAUCGUUUUAAGAGAGAGAGAGACGAACCCAUGGGGGGUAAGAACAAGCAGAGAACGAAGGGAAAUGUCCGGCCCUCGAGUAGCGGCCGAGCGGCCGAGGCACUGGCCCGGGAGGGAGGAGUCAUCCCGGGGUUCGUGGGGUUCGAUACAGCGGCGACCUCGGAGCUGAGCUACGUCCCCGCUGUCCACGGCGCGGAGGAGAUAGACAACCUGGUGGACGCUGACUUCCGCCUGGUGCUCAGGAAACUCUCCAAGAGGGAUGGCGUCACCAGACUCAAGGCUGUGCAGGACUUUGGGUCCAUGUGUCAGGAGCGGGAUGCUGAAGAGGUCAAAGGGGUCCUGCCAUACUGGUCAAGGAUUUACUGCCGGAUAUCAGUGGAUCAUGACCGCCGGAUCAGGGAGGCCACACAGCAGGCGUUUGAGCAGCUGGUGCUGAAAGUGCGUCGCAGCUUGGCCCCCUUCCUGAAGAGCUUGAUGGGCCACUGGAUUCUGUCCCAGUGUGACACUUACACACCUGCAGCCUCUGCGGCCUGCCAGGCCUUCCAGGCUGCUUUCUCACCUGCUAAACAACCUGAGGCGCUCAGCUUCUGCAAGGAUGAGAUCCUUAAUGUACUUCAAGAUAUUUUGCUGAAGGAAACGGCUGACACACUGAGCGACCCACAAAGUGUGACAGAGGAGGAGAGGGAAGCCAAGUAUUUGCGCAUGCUGACCAGUUCUCUACUGGGAGUGAAGAGACUGCUCUCUCUGCUCGUUCAGAGUGACAGGGAGGCCCUGGAGCCAAGACUGGCACUUCUCGUGAACUCUGGGAAGUUCUGGAAGUACAGCAAACACAAGACACCACAGAUUCGAGGGGCAUUUUUCGAGAUGGUGUGCUCCCUGUGUGAGUUCACUCCAGCACUGGUCCAGGCUGAAGCAGCACGACUCUGCCCUGCCGUCCUCCUCAGCAUCGAUGACACGGAUCCUGUGGUGCUGCCUCCUGUGUGGGAAGCUGUUCUUCAUGUUGUCUCCAAAGUCCCUGAUUGCUGGACACAUGUGAACGCGAAGAAGGGCUUCCUACCUAAACUUAUGACAUUACUAAAAGAGGGUGGGAAAGGCAUGGCUAAAGCUCUGCACCCUAAUCUUAUGCCGCUCCUCAGCAAACUGACCCAGCAGGUCACCGAUCCAGCCUUGGACUUCUACACCACCUUCUUCACUUCCCUCACACAAGGCAUCUCUAGUGAGCGUGCAGCGACAAGUCCAUCGGAAAGUGCAGUCAUAGUGACUUCUGUUGUUGAGUGCUUGAGGUACUGCGUAUUCCAAAAUACAGAAAAAGAAGAGGAGCAGAGAAAAAUAAGGACCAUGCUUAUUUCACAGCAGCUUCUACCUCUACUUGAAAAGGCUCUCGGAACCCCCUCCCUUCAGAAUGGUCCUCUCUUCCUUUUGGUCACUGAAAUGCUUGUUUCCUGGGAGAAGAGGGCAGGUUUACUAAGUGAAGGCGAAACGGAUGAAGGCAAGGAUGCGUUUCAAGGGCUUCUGGCAGACUUCUGGGAGGAGCUUGGUCUUUUAUUUGUGCGUCAUGUUGACAAUGAGGAAGCGGAUCCACAGGCAUUGGAAGGGGUAGCCACCUUGCUACAGGUGAUGCGCUUCCCUGAGAAAAUAAACAGAAAGCACAUCCAGAAGAAAAAAUCUGUCAAGAUCUGUUUCUCUAAGCCAGAGGACAAUGAGAAACCCGGAGUGGAGGGGGAUGAUGUUGAGAAGCCUGUGCAGGCGGUGUCAGAGCCUGUGAACGAGAAGGCAUUCGGAUCCCAACAGACCCAGCGUUUUGAAGAUGUAGUGUGCCAGCUGGCACAACUGUGUCUGGUGCAUGUGAAUGAGAAAAACUCAGAGAGGCAUCUUGUUUUCCUCUCCCUUCUGCUGCGGUCCUUCCACACACCAAGGAUCUUCAGUACAUUGAUGGAAUUGGAUGAUAAGACAACAAAGGACGGUGAGCGGAGAGACGAACUGAACGUAAAAAAUCCAGCAGUGCAGUUCCUCCUGGAGCGGGUGGUGGUGUGGCUCACUGAGACAGGGCGCAGAGACACCGGGCACCUGGUGGAGAUGGUCUUCAGCUCACUCUACUGUUGCAGCCGGCUGGAUACCACACGUAUCCUCGACCACAUCACCAUGAUGAAUCUGCAGUCGAGCAUUAUCCUGCAAAUUAUACAGAGGGCUUGUGCAGAUCCUGAGACACUUCAGAGCUGUCGUGAUUGGCUGAAAGGUUCGGUUCUGGGCGAGCAGCUCCUGGGAUUGACUGAGGAGCUGUGCAAUGUAGGAUGCAGCUCUCCCAGUUCUAUUACUAGCAGCCACAGUUGGACGCUCAUCAGCCUGGUCCUCUCUCAACACCAUAACAAUGAGCCACUGAUAGGGGAGGUGUACAUGGAGAAGAUCUUGGAGAAGCUCCACGCCACUCUGUCCGAGACCAAGAGCCUGUCGGAUGCAGGCAACAUGGAGCCGCUCAUCUCCUUCAUCUGUGACGUAGCCUCCACUUUCUUCUCAUCUGUACAAGACUGUCUUCUGCUACUCUCUGCUGAGGAACUCCUGCUCAGCGUCUUCCAACUCACCGCCCAAGAUCAAACGCACACUAAACUGUCCGCCUCACUUUUAGAUAAGCUGAGGAGAGUAAGUGCAAGUGGGGUCCAGUCAUUGGUGCAACACUCUGAAUAUGAGGUCAAGGAGGGCGGUUUCCUGCACAGUGCGGCCGUUUGGGUGAGAAACCAACUCCUCAACGUUUCUCUGGACAUUGGAAGUUUACAGGUUCUAGUUCUGGCUGUAGAGAGCCUGGUGGAGACGAUCAUCGCUGUCUGCGAACAAGACUACUCACUCCUCAUCCAGUUCUUUACCCUUUUGAUGCCUAGCCAGAUAGAAUGGACACGAAUAAGACAGGCCUUACCGCCUCAGUGGAUCAAAACACCCUUACUGUCCAGCCGUCACAGAGGAGUUUGUGAAAAUGCCUCAAUGGACGUCUGGAAGAUUCGGGGGCUAAAUGGUUUGCCAGCCCACCUUUGUGCCUGUGCCCUGUUAGGGAAGGUGGCAAGCAAUGUUGCAGCCGUCACUGGCGACCAAAAAGAGGCACAAUGUCCUUCACACCUGCCACACCUUAAGAACACGGUUUCCGAACUGCUGUAUGCACUGCAGUGGUGUAAGGAGGUAGAGUACAGCCCCACUGUAGUGUCUGCCUACCACAGACUGCUGACUGACUGGGGCCUGUUGGAGGGACUUGACAGCCUGGUUCUAACGUCAAGCCUGUUGGAGACACUCUACUCAAGGUCAGUGGAGGAUGGAGGGUUAUGGUCUCUGACUCUAGAAAACUACAUCAGCACCAACAACUUUGCAACCACUCGCAGCGCAACCGUGAGGAAGCUUUAUGGCAGCGUAGAAAGUUUGUUCCCAGCGACUCAAAGCAAACUAAGCACGCUACAGGUCCUCUGCCCCUCUAUGAGCAAAGAAGACCGACAGACUCUCGUAGCCCUCGCCACUGCUGCAAUCAUCAACUGGCAAGAGGAUGAAAAUGUGUUCGGGUGUCUGGUGGUGCUGCUGUGCUGUCUAAAGGCCAACACAGAAAUAGAGGAGGAGGUUUUGCAGGCCAUCCUGGCCACGAUGAUGGAGUGGAGAAACAGCAAGGACGACUGGUUCCUCUUCAGCAGUGACCUGUCUAAAGCAACCACAGAACAGUUGAACCUCACUGUGGAAAUAAUGCGUUUCCUGUCCUGGCUGGUGGCUCAUUGUCCGAUGGUUCUUGGAAGCAGCCAGUGGGACUUCUUGCUCUGCUCUAUGUUAGCCUGGUUGGAGACCGCCAGCGAGAAUGUGAGCAGUCUUUGGAACCCAUGGGUGCAGCUGUUCGCCUGCGAGAUUGCUGCACUAAUAGUGAAGCUGAACCAGUUCUUCGCGUCAUCCUCGCCUGACAUUCUGGAGACGCUGCCGUCACAGCUGGCGGGCGAAUGGAAAGACUUCUUUGUAGAGGGAAUCUACAACCUGCUGUUGCCUCUGCCUAUCAAUAUCACAGAUGCCUUUACGGAACCGGAUGACCCUGUGUUCCCGUCAGUGGUGCUGCAGUCAGUUGGCAUGGCUUUGACAUAUGUGCCUGUGCAGAAGCUGAAUCAGAACUCCCUUCCACCUCAGUUCAUAGCCGACCAGAAGACGAACCUGCCUGAGCCCCUCCAGACGCUCCUCAACACCUUCUGUCCCCUGUUGCUGUUUAAGGCCAGACCUCUGCAGAUCACCAUCUACCACCUUUUGGAAAAGGUCAUGCCUCAGCUGCCUGAGUGUGACGGAGAAGGAGACAAUAACAAGUCUGAUGAUGAUAGAGAUGAGCCAUGUCUUUCUCCUCCAGCUUCUCUGAUGGCCAUCCUGUCGACCUGCGAGGAGCUGUGCGAGAGCAUCCUGGCGGGGGUUCAAGUCGGAGAGUUCGCAGUGGUCCAGCCUCUCAGCGUCGAGCACUCCUGCAUUCUGGGCUACCUGCUGGCCUGGAAGCUGCUCCUCACUUUUUUCAAAUCCUCACCCUCUCAUCUGCGUGCCCAUUAUGCCCAGUACCUGAAGAGGAGCUGCUCCCUAAACAAGCUUCUCCUUCACCUCUUCAAACUAAUGCCUGAGAACCCCGUCUACCCAGGCCAGGGGGCCGAGACGAGGGACACCAAAACCUUCUUUACAGAGAACCUGUCUCUGGCUGUAGACAAAAGUGACGGUGUCGAAUGGGAGCUCCCUCACUUGGCCUGCAGCGUGUACUACAGCACGGUGCAGGACCUGCCCGCCAUGGUGCGGCUGUGGUGGAACAGCCAGGAGAAGAGAGUGUGCGCAGCAGCGGAAAAGUUCACCAUUAAAUAUGUCAGUCCCGUUCUCUCCGCGCAGGAGAUCUCGUCCGUCCAUUCCAGCACUCAGAUGUUCGACAGCAUGACUGUCAAGGCCCGCUCGGCAGCACGGGAGGUGAUCGCUACCUACUCUGUUGAUGACAUCUUCAUUGAGUUGGUGAUUCAGCUCCCACAGAACUACCCUCUGGGCUCCAUCACUGUGGAGAGUGGGAGGCGCGUUGGUGUUGCCGUACAGCAGUGGAGGAACUGGAUGCUGCAGCUGAGCACCUACCUCACGCAUCAGAAUGGCAGUAUAAUGGAGGGCCUGGCCCUCUGGAAGAACAACGUGGAUAAACGUUUUGAGGGAAUAGAGGAUUGCAUGAUCUGCUUCUCUGUUAUCCACGGCUCCAACUACUCGCUGCCCAAGAAGGCUUGUCGAACCUGCAAAAAGAAAUUCCACUCGGCUUGUUUGUACAAAUGGUUCACUUCCAGCAACAAGUCCACCUGUCCACUGUGCAGAGAAACUUUCUUCUAACACCGGCCGUUGACAUUUGUCUGUCCACCAGGACUGGUGCAGAGAAUUGCUAAGAAACUCAUCUAUAUUAAAGUCUGAUUUAUUACAUCACAAUAUGGGCAGAAGUUCCCUCUCGGAGGCUUUACCUGACUGACACGACAGGUGUUAAUUCCUUCAGAUGAUUUUUUGUCUUUUCCUCAGUGAUCCAAAAUCCAGCAAUAACUUCCUCAACAAUCCAUAUUCAGUAGUUUUGGUUGAUAAGCUGUGUACAGUUUCCUUCUUCCAGUGCUGUGUUGUACUGUAUAUACACGACAUCAGUAGUUCCCUGCUGUUGUUUUUCUGUUAAUAACAGUUUUUUUCAGUUUUUUUUAGCCUUUUUGUGGAUUUAAUUUUUUAUCUUUUGAAACAUGCCCAUUUGUAGAAGAGGCUGAAUCACAAAAGGAAAAACCAAAGCUGGCCAGGUGUAUAAGCACCAUUUGAAAUUAGUCAAUUUACAUACUUGAAGAAGAAGAAAAAGAGAGAUGCCAAUGCACAAGACAGGUUUCAUGAAUAUUUCCUAAUAUUUAGGAGUGUAAAGAGACAAUGUCUUAUUAGUGACAUACUAGUGACAUGGUGGGAUCACCGACGAAACAGCAGGAAGGAGAACUUCUUUAGGGUCGGUUUUGAAUUCAAAAAAGACAUUGCUCUAAAUUAUAAAAAAAUUAUGAAAACCUAAUGCAACGUGUCCUUCCCUGUGCCUGCGUACAGCUGUAAAUGAUGCUGGAAAGUAAAUAAAAUACAACUGGAUGGUUAUUUUUAA